AUGGCUAAUAUUAUAUAAUUUUAAUUCUAUUAAAAUAUGAGAUGGUAAAUUAAUCUCCUUCUAAUUUUGAUUGUUUUUAAUUUUAUUCUUCUAAAAAAUAGAAUUUUAUAACAAUUUCAUACUUAUUCGAAAUAUUUGAAUUCUCAUAAGUCGUCUUGCUAGUUGAUUUUGAGGAUAAAAUAUAAAAAUCAAACACAUAAUGAGAAUAAUUUUAGUACAUCCUUAAUUUAAAAGCAACAACAUUAUUUUGUGGAAGGACUAUUUACAUAAAGAAAUAAAUGA